GCCGACGAUGCUUAACGCGGCUCGGUACGAGGUCACGUGGGAGAUGGCGACGCCGCCCACCCCAGCGAUGACGCGCAGCCCCUCCGAGCGCUUCGGCCACGCCGCCGCCAAGCUCGCUUCGGACAUCGUCGUUGUCUACGGCGGGCGCGGCGAGAAUGAAAACUUUUAUGAUGCGUGGCUGCUCACGCUCUCGUCCGAAGUGAGCGGCGCGCAGGUCGACGCCGCGACUGAUUUUGCGCACGUUGCACAGUGGACGUCGCUCACAAGGAUGCGCCAAGACGUCCAGGCCUACCACCGGUUUCAUUCGAUGCACGCGGUGGGCAACACUGUCUACGUCUUUGGCAACCGACUCGCCUCCCGCGACGCGACGCCAAAGGAUACGCCGCACAAGGUAAAGUUCGCGGACCCGUCCGGCUUUGAGGUCAAGAAAUUCAUGGUCGGGCCCGACAUGCGCACCAUUACGUGGGCUGACGUCGCGACCGACGACGAGGUGCGAGCGGACAUCCAGCCGCGCGUGGGCCACGCCAGCGCCGUCUUGGAGGACGGGCGUAUCUUUCUUUUUGGUGGCCAAUCUGCCGACGCCAGCACCUUUUACAACGACGGCAUGCUUUUCGACCCGACCACCGAGUCGUUCCAGCACCUUUCGUCUUCGGACAAACGCCCGUCGAGGCGUGCAUUUGCAGCCAUGGUGCCGUUCGGGUCGCACAAGGUCCUUCUGCACGGCGGCGUCGGCCCGCCCAAGUCCAACAAACUCGCGAGCCCGUCGUCGCAGCUGUAUUCGCAAGCCGACGCAUCGCAACCUCGGACAUCGACCAAGACGGCGGUGUUUAGUACCGUAUUCGAGUACGACCUGAUUUCGGACAAGUGGACGGAGCUCUUGCAGCCGUUCGAGAUGGGCCUUCACAACGACAUUACCCACCGCUCCCGGCACAGCAUGGUCCCGGUGCCGGACGGCUUUCUCAGCUUCUCGGGGGCCGCGCCCAAACGGUCGAUUGGCGGCGCCUUUGCGGGGACGGUGCAAGCGCCGGCGCAGUGCGCUUUUUCCAGCAUCCACACCCACGGCGUCGUGCCAUCCGACCGCAACGGCGCAACCUUCCUGCCCUUAUCCCCCAACAAAAUCCUCUGCGUCGGCGGGCGCGUCGGUGCCGGCUUUGACACUGCCGUGUACAUUGGCACCAUUCGCGCGAUCGCGCCAGAGCAAGCACCAACGCCCUCGCAAGGGUCCAAGCGCAAGCGGUCCAUGGACGAGGCGGAGAGCCAUCGGCCGGCGACACGGUCCCGCACGAGCGAUGCCAUGGGGGCCAAGACACGGUCCCCGACCGACGCUCCGCCCGUGCCACCCGUCUCGGCCAUGCCGCCACCGCGCAGUCACGACGACAUGGUCAAUGCGGUCAACAAGAACCUCAGUGAGCAGCUGCGCAGCAUGGAAGAGUACCGCCAGAAGCAGGACGCUAUGGUCGUCUCGCUCCUCAAGCAGAAUGCGCAGCUCGAGGUUGAAGUCGGCACGCUUCGCUUUCGCAACCAAAGCCUGCUAGACGAACGCGACGAUCUCGACAAACGUCUGCUCGCGGCCAAGAUGACCAUGAUAGGCAACAAGGGCCGCGACUACCACCGGUUCAUUGGCAUCACGGGCCUCGCGCGCGUCAUGCUGGAUGCGUCCCAAAGCACCAUCGUCGACCCGUCCCAAGACAUGGUGUCGCACGGUGACUACGAGCGAUUCGUUUCAGAGCACAACGGAAUGGUCGAGCAACACCGAGCCGAGCUUGACGAACUAAAGAAGAAGCUCGCAGUGGCCGAAAACAAGGCUGCGCGCUUCAUGACGAUCCUCAACUCGGCGGUGGUCGAGGCCCAGGAAUACGCCAAAUCGAUGGCGAGCCCGAUGCUUGGGACGCCCCCACCGACACUCAGGAGUCGUUCGCCAACGAGAGCCACAUGCUGCAGUCGCCGCCUCACGGGAGCGAGACCCAGGAUACGGUUAUGGACGAGUAGGACGACUGCGACAUUGCCGUAUGAAAUAGCAUGAGAAGUGUGCCCCACGUUCAGUACAGCGUGUAUAGUCCUGC